UACUAUUCUAUGGUAUGACUCGAAUGAAAAUUGCAUGUUCAAUUGUUUUUGUAUAGAAAUCAUAGAGUAAAGAGUAUUUGACGGAGGUGUAUUUGUCAAAUUUUGUGAUUGUUCCUGACAAAUGUUUGUUUACUAAAGCAGCAUAACGCUGUGCAAAGUAUAUCCUAGUCCGGGCUUAGCCCGUAGUGUUUGGGGUUUUGAACCUCUGACAAGUCAAACCCGCAAAAUGGUCGCAGAGCAUGUGUCGUUAGUUGUGAGAGAAGAAAGAGAUAGUAAUAUUUUGUGCUGCUCCGACAGCACUGAAUUCAACGUUGAGCACACAUACAAGUCUAUCUUCGACGUUGUUCGCACAGGGGAGGUGUGCGACAUCGAGUCCCUGGUGGAGAAACUGGGGCCGGAGUGCCUGAGCUCCCGCGACGAAUGGGGCUACACGCCGGCCCACUGGGCGGCGCUGGACGGCAACGUGGAGGUGAUGCGGUACCUCGUGGGGCGCUCGGCUCCCGUAGACCUGUCCUGCCUGGGCACCCAGGGCCCGCGCCCGAUCCACUGGGCCUGCCGCAAGGGGCACACCGCCAUUGUGCAGGUCCUGCUUCAGGCCGGCGUGGCGGUGAACGCUGCGGACUUCAAGGGGCUCACGCCCCUCAUGACGGCGUGCAUGUUUGGUCGCUCGGCCACCGCUACCUUCCUGCUGGGGAUGGGCGCCCUCAACCACCUGACGGACAUCAAUGGCGACACUGCCUUGCACUGGGCAGCUUACAAAGGCCAUGCGGACUUGAUACGGUUGCUGAUGUACUCCGGGAUCGACCUGCAGAAGCCAGAUAAUUUUGGCUCAACGCCGCUUCACUUGGCAUGUUUGUCUGGUAAUGUUAACUGCGUCAAGCUGCUUUGUGAGAAGAGCAAGAUUGAACUGGAGCCGAGGGACAAGAACGGCAAGACGCCACUCCUGCUGGCCAAAAGCCACCGCCACACGCAGGUGGUUCAGGUGCUGGCGGAGGAGCAGAAGAGACGCAACCGCUGGAUGCCCCCGCUCUCCGAGAUGUGGGCUUUGCUGUUCGGGGGUGCGGGGGACUCGAAAGGCCCUCUGCUCCUCUUCAUGGGGUCGGUUCUCUUGUGGGGCUAUCCCAUGUACAUCCUUAGGUGCGUGCCGAUAACGUGGAACGCGCUGCGAGGCUCCCACUACGUGUUCAUCUACUGGAACCUGGCGAUGUGGCUCUCGUGGGCGGUGGCGAACCGCCGCGACCCGGGCUACCUGCCCCUGGACUCGGACGCGUACCGCCAGGCGGUCCGGAGCAUCCCCCGCCUGGACAGGUGGCAGCGCCGGCGCUCGGGCCUGGUGCUGUCCCGCCUGUGCCACUCGUGCCGCUGCCUGCGCCCGCUGCGGGCCAAGCACUGCCGCGUGUGCGGCCGCUGCGUCGAGUACUUCGACCACCACUGCCCCUUCGUCUACAACUGCGUGGGCGUGCGCAACAGGAUGUGGUUUUUCUUAUUUGUAGUGAGCGUAGCAAUCAAUUGCUCGUUCACCAUUUACUUUGCGUGCUACUGCAUCGCUAUUGAAGGUUUCCAGAUGCUAUAUGUUUUGGGACUCAUCGAAGCCUUAGUGUUCUGUGGCCUUGGCUGGAUUCUGACCUGCACUUCGAUCCUCCAUGCUUGCAUGAACCUCACAACCAACGAGAUGCUGAACUACAAACGGUACUCUUACCUGCGCGACAAAAGGGGUCGUUAUUUCAACCCCUUCUCGCGUGGCCCGUUCCUCAACCUCUUGGAGUUCUUCGUGUGCACGCCGGACUAUGCCAGCGACCUGGAGCUGCUUGAAGAAGAUGUCAUCUAAAGUAUUGGGCCUCGAUUUCAUAGUGUUGGCACAAACAACUCUAUGCACAAGCUUGUAGAGAUUUUUGUCAAGGCUAUAAUCACUGGGUUGUCAGGUUGUGAUGUUUGAGCAUUGAUAUACUUGAUUCGGUAUUCAAGCAUAAUUAUGUUGGGCACUUCUGGAGAAUGCAUUCUGUAAGAUAAAUUAUAAAGAUUUGAAGAGAGAGGUUUAAUGAUUAAAUCAAGUACUGUAUGUAAUAUGCUUGAGAAGAUUUGCGAUGUUGAAAGUAAUAAGGUAGAAAAUUAAUCUUUUUUCAGGGGAAAAUGGAUUUAUUAAAAGGGGAGUGGAGAACUAGGUAGCAAGAGAAGAGUUAGAAAGUGGGGAAGGUUUUAAGACUAACUAAAAAACUGAGAAAUAAUGGCUAGCUUAGGAAGAUUGAGUUUGUCGGCCCAGUUGACAUUAUGUAGGCUGAAAAUAAGCCGAGUUUUGUCAAUUCCUCUUUCUUUGCAUAAGUAUGAAUUCUUUCAUAUUUUUUUGCUGUCUCCGCUGCCCUGUCAUAUUCUUAAAUGCUGCUAUCUUUGUUAAUCAGCAUUUGAAGCGAACACACAUGCAAUAUGAGAUAACCUAAAAUAUUAGUGCAUUUUUCAGUAAAUUCUUAACUUGGUUUUAGAAAUAUAUUGAAAUUGUAGAAAAUUAAUUUUAAAAAAAUUAUCUUAGUUAAUUGCAUUUGACAUUCACUUUUAUUUUUUUCGGGUGGGUAGCAUGACCGACGGCAAGUCUAGCCAUCACACUGGUACCCAUAAGGCGAUCACAAUGACCGGGUGGCACAGCUACUUUCAACAAAACUCGGAUUGACCGGUAAGGAGUAACUUCACAACUUUCCCAUGGGUUACGCUGGGAUGGAAAUAUCAAAUUUCCACACUUAUUUUUUCUUUUUUCUAAAAUAACUUUUUUUUUAAACAUUAGAUACCACUAGUUAAGAUGUGUACGGUUUAUGUGUAAUAAUCCUGGUAUUAGAUAAUUUAUUUUGUAAUUGUAUUAGACUUUACAAAAUCUUAUAUCAUAUCCUUUUAAAAAUUUUAAUUGAAAACAUUGCUGUGCAGUGUAUGUGCAAUUUGUUAAUUGCGUAGUUGUAGUAUAGUGUUUCUCAAACAUUUUUCAGCCGUUGAAGAUUGUGAAAUCCAGUUUGAAAUAUAUAUAUGUUUUUUUGUCACUGCCAAAUGCUAAUUAUGUAAUUUAUAGUUGUACAAAAUUGGUUUUGAACACGGCCCAGUUACAGCAACGUCAGAACAAAGUGUGCGACUUGAAAAUAUUUUUACGCCAACACUCAGAUAAGCAGUUCAAAAAUAAUAAGAAAAAAGAAUUAAUCAUUUACCUGGCAACCCUGAUACAAAUAGAUCUUUCAAUAAAUAUUUUUGCUUAAUUUUUGGCACAGUAGUUUUUUGUCUCCAUUUGUGGACUGCGAUUCAUAUUAGCAAUCUUUGUAGUUGUGUACAUUUAAAAUGUAUGCAGUCUUUUCCAGGCUUACAAGCAAUUUCCAGCUUAAGCUUCUUUUUUUUUUAUUAUAAUAUUCAUAGUAAUUAUUAGGAAUAGUACUAUAAUUAAAAAAGUUUUUUUUAAUGGUACUUUGUGAAACUAGUAACGAAAUUUUUCACAUGAAUGUUUCUUUCCGUAUUUGGGGAUUGGGGAUGUUCAAGUUUGUCGAAGUUGACUUUUGCCUGUUGUAAGAAAAUUAUUACUUAUAAUUGUAUUUAAGCCAUUGCUAUGUAUCUGCAUCUUUCUCAUUUUGAAAGAUAGUGAGAGAGAAAAAUUCUUUUAAUUGUAUUUCAAAAGUACUCAUUGUGUUUGCUUCAUGUACUUUUUAAGUAAUUUUGUAUUUAAUACAUUCUUAGACAAUAAACAACAAAGCAUUAAUUUUCACAAUGAAUACAUUUUUUCACUUUCUUUUGCUACUUGUGGUACAGAUAGUAGUUUGUAGUGUACACUUGUAGAAUGAGGAUUUGCUCAUUGACUUCAAUUAACAACCAGUGUCUGGAAGUUUUAUCAUUAGUCAUUAUUCUUGUGACAUACAAUGUAGUGUGUUGCCAAAAUUUGCUACGUAUUGCAUAUUGAAUUAUGAUGUACAAAUAUAAAAUAUCUUCAUUGUUUAAAAUAGGUUUCAUUUAAGAUGGACUAUUUGUGCUGAAAGAAUUUAGAUAUACUUGUUACUUUUAUCUUUUAAAUCACAUAUAUGUAUCAUUGUGUGGUUGAGUGAAUAUGAGCCGCGGAUUGAUUUCAUCGCAUAAAAUAAAUCUUUUAAAUAUAUAAAAUAAUCUAUGAACCUUCAUUUUGCAGUUUCCACCUUCUUCAUCAACAACCUUAAGCACACAUUCCAAUUGUAAUAAAUGUAAGCAAUAUAGUGUACUAAAUGUUAAGUAGUUUAAACAGAAGAAUGAGUGUUUGUUAUGAGAUUGAAGAAUGAGUUUUGACUCACCCCUAUACCUAAUUUAAUAGUGAAAUGUUAUAAGUAUGAUGUGGUCAGGGGAUUUGCUUAAUGAAGUUAGUGAGGGUAAUGGGCGCCACUGUAUUUAAGGGACACAGACCUGGCAGGGACACUGUUCUCAGGGCGUGACAUCGUCCGUGUGGAAGGAUGACUCGUAUCCCCCUGGCGCAAUUACCCUGAUGUGCAAAGUUCUGGUCCGCUCUCAGCAUUGCACACACUAUAAGAUAUUAAUUAAGCGGGCUCUUAGAGGCAUCCCACACGCCUGUCGCUCAAGAGUCGUGAACACGUGGACAAAUACAGAAAGACGUCCAAGGAGUUCGGUACCGAGAUUUACUACACGCCACUGCGCCACGUGCCGCCAUAGUUUUGAUAAUGACUCUUCAAGAUGUCAUAAUUGCAUUAGAAUGGCUUUUUUUAAGAUAAAAUUAUUGAGAAUUUUGGGAAUUCCCAUUUAACUGGAAGGUGUUCCCAUUCCACCCAAAAUCCUCUAGUCAUCUGCCCUUCCCAACACUCGAAGCUGGGCCCGCCCCUGCUUGUGGCUAGAAUCGUGUUGAAGUUCCUUAGUUGAGAGACAAGAGUUUACCAUUGGCUCGAGUGCUUCGAAGGCAUGUCAAAGUAAUGAUGUGUCCACUCACUAAAAUAAGAGGUAUGUAAUUCACUGAUGUUUGAAGGUUAAACUGGUGGGGAAAGAUUCCACGAAGUGGUACUCUUUUCUAAAAUAACUCUUCAAGUGGCAUGUUAUUAGCACGCAGGUAAAUUAGCUUUGUAAUAACCUUUUUUUUUUUUAAAUUUAGUUUAAUUUGUUGCUGCUAACCAUACCUGGAGAUUCUGGAAUUCUUAUCUUGUGAUGAUUUUGUUAAACUAGUUAUGUAGUUUUCUUAGUUUAUUUAUUCCUAUUUUGCGUGAUUAUUUGCUUUUUUUUUUCUGUUAACAGAGUGGGACAAAUAAUUUUUAAAUUAAAUUUGGCAAAUGUCUUUGCAGAACUGAACCUUUUUUUUACUCUAACUGCAUCGUUUGACUUAUCUCGAAUGCAUGAAAUAUCGCUUACUUGACAGCAUGCAUCUUUUGUCGACUGGGGUGUUUUCUUACGCUGCGUUAUACGACUGUGGUCAAAAUAUAUUUUAUUUUAUGUGUAGUUAAUUUUUGCCAGCAACACUAGACUGCUUGUAUCAAACUGCAACACUGUUUCAUUUCCUUUUUUCCAGCAAAACAGUUAAUUAGCUGAACAAAAUCAAAAUAAGUGAGAUUUCGAAAAUUAAAAUGCUUUAUUCAGUUUAUUUUUUUAUUUUUAACAACAUUUAAUGGUUUAAAACACCCAAGACUAAGUAAGCAUCACCAAUAUGCACACUACUUAAACAAGUCAAGUAGUAUGUGAAUAUAAAUACAGUUAUUUAUAAUAUAAUAUAUUUUUCUAAUGAGUUAAGUAGGUGGUAGUAAUGUCUUCUCGACACUUGCAAUAAGCAGAUGAUACUGAACUGUGUUCGAGGUGCAAUGCCCGUUACCAGUGGGCUUUGCUGACAUCAGCUUCAUUGCCUCGCUUAUACAAUCACUGAUGAAACUAUGUUUUAAUUCUUCAGGUAUUCUGUUCAGGAAAGGGUUCACCGCCAUUAGAGAAUCUGCAACAGAAUAUUCAGCACAUACCAAAGUGUUACAGAAUGAACUGAAUAUUUUUUAUGAACAUGCUCAUUUUCAUGGAAAAGCAGUAAAAAUGAUUGUUACUAAUCUUUUAAGUUAACAUCAGUGAAACUCAUGCCUAAUAUUUCAAGCGGAUAGUGCUGAAUAUUUCUUAUUGGUUACCAUUUUUUGUUUACAUUUUAUGCUAUGUUAUGUUGCAUAAGAAUUUUUUUUUUUAUAAAAAUACACCAUUCAUAUCAAACAAUAGGUUUAUUUUAAAAAUGAUGAGAAAAAGUAAAUCUUAUCUCCAUUACAACCUGUAAUCACCUGCCCUUCUGAGCAAAAAAAAAAAAAAAAACAGCUUGCAAUGAAAGGAACUAUACGUACAUUGGCCUGACGUUUUGUAACAUUAUUUACGUUCGUGUUUGUGUUGCAAUGUUCAAGAUAAUCCUUAAAGCUAAUUUUGUGAUCUUUAUAGGUGUGAAAGUGUAUUUUGUUGUCAUACAAUUAUAUGUACGUUUAUAAUAAUAAUUCUCAUGCUUAAUGUAUUAUGCACAUUGGACUUCAGAGAAAAAUAAAUUACCUUCA